GACGGUGACUUUCUAUAAACACACACUAUGUUGAUGACUGUCCCGGAUGUCAGUUGUAAAAUUCGUUGAACCAGUAAUACAACAUUUUUAAAGGAACCACACGAUUUGUACAUAGCCUUUUCUCACGCUCGUUCUAAACUGAGUGUAAGCAAUCACGUCUCAGUAAGCUGUUAUACCGUUAUGUUCUAUUGACUGUGUUCGAUCAGUAUCAGCAGAGACAUGAUGAUACAUUGGGGAGGUGUUGGUAUUGGGAUACUGUUGUGUUACUUUAGAGGGGUACAGUGUACGGUAUGUUCAGAAGCUGCAGCAUUGGAAAACAUCGAAGUGAUCAAGAUGUGUCAGAGCGGCAGUAUAAAUACACAACGUGUAGUCAUAGAUACAUAUGAUACAGGAGACCCGGAUGUGUUCAGCUGUACCUGUACCGCAAGACCAAAUAAAAGAUUAAGUGAUAUUGUCAGCUUUGGCAGGUCGUAUACAGUUGAUCAAGAAGCAAAUUGUGGCAGUACACUCAAUGUGCAAUCAUCUCAAACAGACUCCGUUAGCUUUGAUUGUAAAUGGCCGGACGUAGUCUAUCGUAAAAAAUGGAAUUCGUUUGAGUUUAUAUUGUCCAGGACGACACGCACCGAACCUUGGAAAUAUGGAUACUGUAUUCUUUUAGACACAGAUGCCAUCAGUUGGAAUAUUUCCUGUCUUCCACCAAUCGCAAUGACAAAGACUUCGACAACAACCUCAUCGUCAAUAAUAACAAGACCAACAUCAACAACAAGACCAACAACUACAAAACCCACGAUAUCUUCUGUAUCAGUGACACAAACAAGCUCGUCCAAUCCACCGGGAAGUAGUCCCGAACGAAAUUGUUCUCCACAAACAGUUGAAGUGUUUUCAACAGCGACUGUGGUUGUACCUAUUGUCAUCGUUGUGUUAAUAGCAGCUGUGACAACAAUAGCAAAUGUGAUCCUAUAUCGAAGACGUUUGGCACUCGAUAAGGAACCAAAGAACACACAUCAUGACCUUCAGUUGUCAGUUUCCGUCGUUUACGAUAGCAUUGACGUAGAUCGCCUAGAACCUCCCAACACUUACGCCGAUACCAAUGCUGGGAGAAUGUACACCAAUACGGCAGCCGGUACCAAUGCUGGGGGAAUGUACGCAAAUACGACGGCAAGCACCAGUGUCUCAAAUCCAUAGAUGGCACAGAAGAACUGUCAUUGAUGCGCCGAACAGCAAAGAACAUCUAAAAUCUAGAUUUUGUAAAGCAUUGGAAGUCUUUCUUUCCAACAAAUACCAUAUCAGUCUUCUGUAUGUAGCUGGAGCAUGUACAGAAUAAAGACACUGCACAACCAAGAGAAGGGGAAAACACAUAUCUGAUAAAAUUGUUUAAUGACACUCACCAAACACGAUCAAAUGAAGCUAUGCCAAUAUCAUUGAAUAUCCAGAUACGUCAGUUCUUCACGUUUAUCUUUAAAUUGACAUAUGGUGUGUUUAUUUACAUAUUUAUAAAAACAAAGCGUCUAAAACCAGUGGAGAUCAUUUAGUUUUAGAUUAUAGCAUUUAAGGAUUACAACACCAAUGUCAAAAAUUGCAGCAUUGAAUAAGAUAGUUUGCUGGCAUAACACUAACUUGUAUCAUUUCUGAAAGGAAAUCUCUGCAUAGCAAAACUGUUAGAAAGUAUAAAAUGAAAACGGGAAAAAUGAACGAAUGAUCCCAACAAUAAUGUUCUGAAAAGUAACAAUUUGACGACGGUGUGAGACUUGGAUUCGAACCCGUGUCUUCAUUUCAAAAUACGUUCGCUUUUACCAACUGAGUGACUUAAUCAACGGUUAAUCCCUGGUCUAAUCCCACUAAAGCUGUAUCCCAAAUUGAAGAGGGGUUAUUGCAUGUAUGAACAACUACAAUUGAAUUAUCUAUUGUUUUGAUAAAGGUGUGACAUAUUUCUAACCAACUUAUCUUCCAGGACAGGACACAUCUUUUGUCCUUCAAGUUAAACUAUUGAUCAUUGAUCCAUAUUUUAUGCUGAUGCAUCCCGUAUACAUAGUACGGUCUUGUCCAACGAAAAACUAUUAAUUAAUAAAUGUGAAUCGAUCAUGAGUAUCUGUGGUGAAUGUUCAAGUAUUUGUACAUCAUUAGUGCUACUUCUAUUCACAUAUCUUUACUUUUCAUCAGAUAAUACAUGUACCUGUAUGUAUUCUUAUUUGAAAUUGUGAAGGUUUUAAAAAUAAAUGUCAUUAUGUUUGUAUUCGUUUAAGGGACAGUAUCAAAGUAGGUAUCCUUACACAAAUCCUAUUCUCAGAUUUUUUUAUUAAUGUUUUGUUAUUAUAUUUUGUAUCAGAUACUGUAGUAAAUGUUCGGACUCUCAAAUAGCAUGAUACCUGUUUGUAAGUGACUACCAAGUAUAAAUGUGUUAAUUGGAAUGAAGAUGAUUGUUAUCUGUACUGUGUGUAUUAACCUUUGUCAAUAAGUAUGUGUUUUUCUGUUUGUUGGAAUACUUGUUUAUUCGGAUAUCGAACAAUUUUCUCGAAUAUUUAUUUUUGCUGAACAUUUAACUGCCUCUCAAGCGUAAAACUAAUUAAUUCCGGAAUCAAAUUUCCUUGUCGACAUCAUGUAUCACUCCUUUGUACAGUUCACGAAUGUCGUAUGUUAACCUUUAAUUUGAAUAUUUUCCUGUUACACCUAGGUCAGACAGGUAUCAUUCAACACCAAACACAGGAUGGUAGAGUAGGUAAUUAUUUCAAUCCUUCCAUCCCCUUUUGCUGUAUCACUUUGGAAUGUAUAUCACAUCAUGGCACAGUAACUUUAAAUAACAAUACCACCCGUAUAUCCGUAUAUGACUUCGUAGAGAAAGGGCAAAUUGUACAACGGGAAACUGCAGCCUAUUUAGGUAUUAGUCGUUCACUGGUAACAUCCUUUUAAACUCGGUGAUAUUUUCGCUUUAAGAUGUAUUUACUAUAAAUGAUAUACGGUGAAACAUAUCCGCUGUCAUGAUAACUUCGCCAUCGUUACAAAGGUAGAAAUAGGCAAAAGUUAAACUACGGCGAGCAUUUCCCAGUAAAAAAUAGAUCUAUGAGUGAGCUUCGGUAUGUUAAGAUAUAUCUGUGACGUCAGAUCAACACGUAAAUGUGGUACAGUGUAUCAUUAUAAUCAAAUAAAAGAAAUGUUAUAUAAAUA